AUGAGAGGCGGGUACACAUGCUGUGUGCCGGGCUGCUAUAACAACAACAACAAAAAUAAAGACUUGCACUUCUAUCGAUUUCCUCAAGRAAAAAGUCUAGAAAAACAGCAGCUGAGAAAAAAGUGGAUUCACUGGAUUAGCAGAAAAAAAUUCAAACCCRGCCCUCACCAUCGUGUUUGUUCAGCCCAUUUUCCUGGUGGCGCGAAAACAUACGACAAUAACAUUCCAACAAUUGUACCAAAGAAAAUUCGUCCCACSGUCUCUAAAUCUCGACCAACAAUACGUGCAAGGAAUCGUGAAGUCAACAACAACUCAGACACGGAUAAAUUACAGGUGAUUCAAGUUGMCGCUGAAACUACUCUUGAAGUCUUGACUGAAAAUCACUUAGAAGAUAGUUACAAUAACUGCACCUUUGAUGAAAAUAUACAUGUAGAUUGUGACAAAAAGAUAGAAGAAUUAGGCUUGCAGCUAAAAGAAUUACAAAACGAACUAGUCUCUCUGAAGAAAUGUUAUGAGAGUCAAAUUGAGAAUCUUGAAAAAGAGAUCGUUAAUAAAUCAUUUACAGUAGAAAGAUUUGAAAAUGACACACUGCUCUUCAAAUUUUACACUGGUCUUCAAGACUACACAGUUUUUAAAAGUAUAUUUGAUUCCUUUGGGCCUGCAGUACAUAAACUAAUUUAUUAUGACUCUAAUACCAACCCAGAAAGAUUAAAAACUCCUGAACAAAACAAAAGAGGGARGCAAAGAACACUUACCCCAGAAAAUGAAUUCUUCAUUGUUCUUGCAAGGCUUAGAUGUGGCUUACUUUUGGAGGAUUUGGCAUGUAGAGUUGGAAUUUCACCAUCACAUGUUUCUAGAGUUUGCAUAACUUGGUUUGAUUUUCUCCACACGAGAUUUCGUAGCUACUCAAUAUGGCCAACAAGGGAAGUUGUAAACAAGUCAAUGCCCCAGUGMUUUAAAGACACUURCCCUAAAACAAGGGUCAUAAUAGAUUGCACUGAACUGUUUAUUGAAAUGCCAAGCCCCCUGAGAUCACAAAGUCGAACAUAUUCUUACUACAAACAUCAUAACACUGCCAAAGGGCUUGUUGGCAUUGCUCCAUCUGGAAUGAUUAMAUUUGUUUCUGAUCUUUACUCUGGGAGAACAAGUGAUAAGGAGGCAACUAAAGACUGUGGACUAAUUUCUUUACUCGAAAAAAAUGAUAGUAUCAUGGUUGACAAAGGAUUUGACAUCGAGGAUAUACUACCCGAGGAUGUUUUCCUGAAUAUGCCAGCAUUUGUUAAGGAGAAUGACCAUCUAUCACUUGAGGAGGAAACUGAGACAAGAAGGAUUGCAUCAGUCAGAAUACAUGUUGAACGGGCAAUUCGCAGAAUUAAGUGUUUUAGAAUUUUGAAAAUGGAAUUUCCAUUGUCAAUGGCUGCUGAUCUUAAUAAGAUAUGGAUAAUUUGUUCAUACUUAUGUAACUUUUUGCCUCCAAUUAUUGCAGAAGAUGAGUAA